AUGGAGCCGAUAUCGCGACAAGUUUCCGCUGCAACGACGACUGGUGGAGGGUCGACGACUGGUGGAGGGUCGACGAUGGAGGACCCCGAGUGCAAAACACGUUUCAGCAUACCACUCAAAGGAGUUGCAGGGCGCGAUACUCCGGGUUUGAAAUGGCAUACGAAGGGCUAUACGGAGGAGCAAAAGGGACAGCCGAGGGUGUUGAUGAUUGAUUUUCUGGAGGGCUAUAAAGAUGGCGACGGAAAAGGAUUGGAGGAGCGAGUUAUCUUCAAUGAGAUCCAUGAUCUACCGGUUCUGAAGGCUAUGUACAGAGAGAACAAGAACCCAUCACGAGCUCUUCGAGUUAUCCACGUACAGAACUCCAGCUGGGCAACCAAAUUCCUCAUCUAUAAAUUCCGCAUCAAAGAUAACGACGAAAUCAUCGGGUUACAAGAAUUCGGCGAUUGGCUCUUACAGAAGAAACCGCAACGACGAGCUGGAAAACCACUGUUACUCGGGAAAACAUGGAGGACUACAUCUGAUCCUUGGAGAGGAAUCACAAAGUGCUCUUUCGGACUGGAUUAUAUGAAACACUAUGUCUGUCCCGAAGUAGAACGACAGAUAGACAAAGAGUCAAGAAUUCUGGGACUGCAAGGCUACGAUUCAAAUGAUAACGCUGCGCACCGCUAUAAUGUAUUCUCGCAAAGGCUGUCUGUUUAUGUUCAGUACAACGCCCCCGACCUACAAACCCCGGGCCCUGACAUUGUUUCCCCAUACCGGGAUCUUAACACCCUCGAAGAGCUGUAUGACAAUGGGAAUACAAUCAUCAUAUUCGAUAAUUCAUACACACGACAUAUAGAGCAUACACUACUACCUGCCAGAGGGGAGUGGGAGAGCAAGUGGAGGAGAUUGCCGUUCGAUCCACAUGUCAAGGAGAUGAACGUAGAUGUGGCCGCAUUAGGAUUGAUGAAUAUCAUCAUGCAAGAUAUAUUCAAGGCAGUGGCAGAUAGUUGGGAAUCUCUGCUGGAUGCAAGCUGGGAGCAUGUUAGUAUAUUGGAGGAGAAAAUAUAUGAGCAACCCGCCGACGAGAGUCGCGCGCCUGAACUCUGGCGAAACUCCGCGCGUUGGCUUAAGUAUGAGAAGCUUAUGUUCACGCACAUCGACGUUGUGAAUGAUAUGCGAAAAUAUCUUGUCGACAUCGACGGUGACCGAAGCGAUGAGGGGAAAUGGCUCCAGGAGUCUCCAGGGGAUUAUGCAAGGUUGUUGAAUCUGAUAGAGGAAGAUUUAGUAAAGCGAACCAAUAACCUGUCAGAAUUGAUGUAUAAAUCAGUUGCAAUCAGAGACUCCCGGCAGUCGUUGCAGCUAGGCACCAGCAUGUGGAGAUUAUCCUGGGUGACCUUUAUCUUCCUUCCUCUCACCUUUAUAUCCGGUUUCUUUGGUAUGAACGUUGACCUCUUCGAGAACAACCCUUCCAUAAAAUGGUACUUUAUAACUACCGUCCCAUUUAUGAUAUUUGUCCUCCUAUCUUGGUACAUCCUCAAGCACAUCCUCUCUCGGCACCGACAGUCGCCCCAACAACGCGGAAUCUACGAAGCCUUCUACAUGGAUCUCAACAACCGCCGCCCUGACCUCUGGACCCGUCAAGGACCGAGGGAUUUCGUACAGCCCGCUACUCGAAUCGCAAGAUUCAAGUGGUGGUUCAUUACCCGCUGGGCAGCAAACAACCGCGCGCAAGUGAGGAAUCUAGGAGAUGACGAGCCCAUCGGUGCCUGGAACCGCAUUAAACGCUACCUUGUCUGGCGGUGGACCGACGACCUUCCCUUACUUGACGACCCCAAUUUGCUGAAUCAGGACGCAGAAAUGGGAUUGAUUGGUAAUGUGAAUGUUGCGGAGGCGCUUGAAGAUACGAUGGUGACAGCGAUUGGGGCUGGAGCUACUCCUAUGAUGAGAAUGAAUUAUGAGCAGUCAUUAGAUCCGGAUGGCGACCCGACGCCUGAGGCAAUGUUUGAAGGGAGGAUUAGUGGUGUUAUGGUGGAAGAGAGAAGAGAUACAGGAGAGCUGGUUACGGGGGAGAGGGAAGAUGAAACAAAUACGCUAAAAGUUCCGAAUGGAGAUACGGGUAGGAGGAGCAAUCCGAGCCGCCACGACGACCCAUGA